AUGGACGAUUUCAAUGCCAUUUUGCAUCGAGAUGAAAAGCAGGGUAGGCGUUUGAAGCAGGGAUGGAUGUUAAAGGAUUUUAAGCAUUUUUUGGAAGACUGUGAAUUGCUUGACCUCCGAUUUAAAGGUUUCCCAUUUACUUGGCGAAAUAACAGAGAUUUCGGCAAGCUUAUUUUAGCUCGUCUUGAUAGAGCUCUUGCCAUUCAUCACUGGUCCCACCUCUUUCCUCGGUGUAUGGUUCAUCGUCUUACAGUUCAGGGGUCAGAUCAUCAUGCAUUACUGUUAUGUCUUAAUGAUUCUCUCGCUCACUUCACUCGCUCCUUUCAAUUUGAUGCCCGUUGGGUGAAGGAGGAGGCGUUUAAACCGCUUGUGGAGAGGACGUGGGGAACUCAUGUUGAUGAUUCUCUUCUUCCCAGAAUUCCUACCAAACCUCUCUACUGUUAA